AUGGCAUCGAAAUCCUGCUCUUCUUGCCUACGGGCUCUUCAAAAGCCGUCUCGGUCAAUAAGCCAGGUCUGGAUAUCGAAAAACACAGCUCCAAGAUUAUUCACAACGACGGCUACACGCAAUGUCGAGGCCAUGCCACCCAAUACUCCGCCCAAUCUAUCUAUCCCCCCCGUAGCCGCAGCUCAGCCCGAGGGUCGAUCGAAAUCGACGCUCCGGGACACGGCCGCCAGGAAAGCUGCAGCAGUCAUAAAGUCUUCCCUGAGCAAGUCCACUACCGAGACAUAUACUGCGUAUGGUGCCACAGAACUUCUCUAUAAGGAUUGCGCGCAACAAGCAGAUUACACCAUCACGCAGGCGCAAAACGAAGAUGAAGAGAUGCCCAAGACGGAAGAUGGGGAGGAUCUGGGAGUCGGCGAGGGGUGGUGGCUUAACGAGGCGGGACUCAAGCCAACAUUCAGCACCUGGUCCCAGGUCACCAUGUUGCACAUGUACCUCCUUUCCGUGCGCCUGCGAUGCUUCCCAGCCCAGUCCGCCCAGACCUGGCAGCAGCACCUUCUGGACCACUUCUUCUACGACGCCGAGAACCGUAUGACGAUCAACCAUAACAUGCACGCUCGGGGCACCCGGAACAAGUACCUGAAGGAUCUUUUUGUGCAGUGGAGAGGCCUGCUGGCGGCGUACGAUGAAGGCUUGGUGAAGGGUGAUGCUGUGUUAGCAGCUGCCAUCUGGAGGAAUGUGUACAAGGCGAAGGCGGAUGUUGAUAUUAGGGUUCUGGCGCAGAUUGUCAGUUAUAUGCGAAGGGCGCUGAAGGGACUGGAUGCCCUGCCUGACGAGAAGAUUAAUAUGGCGGCCUUACAGUUUGGGGAUCCGAAACAGGAGGCUGCGUUGGUACGGUCGAGGAGUAGGAUGAUGGAUUUACCAUUCGAGAAGGCUCAGGGGAAGGGCUUGCCGAGUGGUAAGCAGCCUUGA